UAGGCCUAAUUGAUAUUAGACACAAUACUAGGGUUAUUUCAGUUCUGUACAAAAGAAAAAUGGAAACACAGCCAACUUCAUAGUGCAUUCUUCUUCCUAACCAAAUAAAAUCCCAAGAUGGAUUGAUAAAUUUAUUCAGCAAGCUAUUUUAAUUUGCAACUGAACAAACCAAAAAAGAAUUGAAAUUGAACUACUUCCAUCAAGACCUGCAUUGUGGAUUUUUCAGUUACACGACCCAAAACACACCUGCUGCAUAUAUAGGUAUUAUGCAUCAUGCAAUGGACCCUACCUUACAAUUCUCAUUUAUUAGAUGGUGUUGUUCAUAUAAAAUUUAUUGAUCAUCUUAGUCCUCUUUUCUUGGUACAGAAUAAAACUCAUUUUAUGCAAACUUAAGUGUAGUGUAUAGAUACUAACUGGUAUGGUUUUUCUUUAAUGAACUCCUUGGUCCAAGUUAAAGUUGAGAAUUUACAGAUGAAACCAUCAAUACAUCUGAUUAUCAAAGGAUCAAAUCUCUGUGGAAAGCCAAACUUCAAAUGCUUAAAACGAGUUCUAAAUAGAGUAACCUAUAUAAUUGUCCUAUAAUAGUGGAUCUUCUUUGACCAUUGAGGUAGGUUAGUUUUUCACCAGUCAUCUGCGUAGAAUACUCUCAAUACAUACAUAAAGUAAGCAAAAAAGUCUCUCAUGCUUCUUUAUAUACCCAAUUUCUCAAGACAUAUUCUUCCUUCGUACAGAAAAAGUUAGAAAAAAAAUCAUAAACAGAAGAGCUGUAGAGAAAGAAAAGACAAAGAUGGCGUCUACUACCCUCCUCACCAGCCUUCUGAAAUCUUCUCAAGUUGCUAGAAACACCCCAAAUCCCAUACUACUAUUGGCUUCCUACAUGAGACGUUUUCAUGCUAGUUCAACAUGGGCAAGCCAAGUGAAAGACAUCAAAGAAAGUACCAGCUCUGCUGCAGACCAUGUGACUAAAAAGACUAAAGAAGCUGCAGGUGAAUUUUCUGAGAAGGCCCAAGAUACUGCAGAUAAAGCAAAGAGGACAACAGAACAAGUAUGGGAUUCAACCAAGGAUGCAGCCCAAAAAGCCAAAGAGACAGUUAUGAACAGAACUGAGGUGUCUAAGGAAUAUGUCAAAGAAAAUGCAGAGAAAGUGAAGAAGAGCAUGAACACUAAGGAAUGAUUUUCGUAAUAUUUAUAUUAAUUUAAGUUUCUUUCAGAUUAUUCAGCAUUGGCUUUUUUCAUUUUUGCCCAUUGUAUUUGUUCAAGUGAAUACUGUUAUCUUUUCAUCUGUCAGAUUUUGUGGAAGCAAAUCAUUUUUGAGUGUCAAUAAAAAAAAUCCUUUUGAUUUCACUAUCCAAAGUACCACUUUAGCAGAAAACUUUUAAUGUAUGUAGUUGACUAAGGCUUGUCUUUCUUAAGUGAAUCAUUGACCAAUAUAAAAGUACUCUCAACCAUUGGCCUAUGUUUUUUUAAGGAUAUUCUUGAAAAGAAAAUGUAGGCAAAACCAGGUACUAACAGCAAAAACCAGAUUUAGUCUCUACUUUGUUUUUUAUUAAAGGAAAGGAAAAAAAAAUAGUUGUUAAGAGGUGUUUUUGGCAAGGUGGGGUUUCUUAGCUUCACAGAAAAUGUGUAACUCAGAAAAGCAUAAAGUUUCUGAUUUUUGAAACCUUCACAUAUAGAAAUGUUUCUGGUAUUACCUAAUUUAUCAGAAACUCAUGUAUGCAAGUUCAUUUCACACCCUUGAAACCUUUUAAAAAACUUUUCCCAUUAUGUCAAAUGACCAAAUCACAUAUUUGAUAUUUUUGGUCUACAAUAGGAAAAAAAAAAAUCCAAGCAGAAUCCAUCUUUUAAGUUGUUAAGGAAGGUCAAUUUGUCCUUUUUGAAAAUCCAUAGACAAGUGGUUUCAAGAAAUGGAGUAGAUAGUUAUAUAUAUAUAGCCACACCUGAGUUCUUAACACACUUGUAACCAUAAGUUUUCUUUUCUGUUUCUUUUGGUGGAAAGUAAGUACACAUUACUGUUACUUGAUUCUGAAAGAUUACCCUUUUUUUUUAUAUUGAUUUCUAAGUACUAAAAUUCUUAAAUCUAUUUCCAUGUUAAACUAAAUUUCGGCGUAGUUAGUUGCGGCGACAUUCUUGGAUAGUCAAUGUACUUGAGAUCUUUGUCAAUCCCUCCGGGUUUCGUUGACAAUACUUAUACGUAGAAUGAUAUUAAAAGAGAAUUUAGUAGUAAACUCUCUUCUGUUAUUCCUUUGGUUUUUCUUGUACCUUGACAGAGGUUAAACUAGUACUAAUCAUUCUUUUCUUUAUUUUAUACAUGCCCUUAUGAUAUUUAUCAUUUUCUGGCUUAUUUGUCUUCAAUCUUUGACUAGCUUUUGUUUUUAGAAUCAGAGUUGCUUUUGCUUGGUUUUGUCAACUGCUAAUGAAAACUGCAUAUGAUUUCUUGCUUUUACAAAUCUUUCAAUAACAUAUUGUGAAAUGCUAACUUCUUAGAUUAUUUUCAGAUGUAACCUUCAUAUGGCAGCAUAUAUUAUCUUUUUUUUUUUUUUUUGCAUUCGUUGAAUAAUUGUCAUUUUCUUUUUAUUCGAUAUGAAAAAUAAUCUGCACUUUGUUGCAUAAUUGUCAUCUAUUCAGGAAUCUUGAAUCUUGAAACAAUGUCUUCCGUGUCAAUGUCAUCCGAAGAAACUGACCAUUCUCAAGAGAGGAAUCUUGAUGAGAGCUCAACACAGGAACCAAGUGGAGGGAUGUCUUUUUCUUCCUCGGAUGAAAUUAAUGAAUAUCAGCAAAAUACAGUGACUUUUGAUCAGGUUGUGACUGGAGCUCAAUCAUUUUAUCCUCAAGGACACCAAGGUGAAUUUGGAAAUUACGCUGCAAACACACCAAUGUUAAGCCCUCCACAAGCAGAUAUUUCACUCCUUUCUGCAUCAGCUACAUCAGUGGAGUCAUCUCAGCAAGAUCUGCAAUUUCCCUCACUCAAUCCUGUUCAAGACAUGGGUUUCAACCAGAGAAAUCGUUCAAGUGCUCCUCCAGCAAAUAACAUGAACACUCAAAACCAACUGAUUGAUCCUUCAGACAUCCCUGAACACUUGAAUCUGUCUCAAACAAUGGAGUUGAUGAAUCAAGGCGGUGUGCCCUCCAUGAAUCAACCAAUGAGAAGUUUGGGGAGCUCAUCUUCUUUUGGGAUCAUGAACAAUUAUCAUCUUCCCAUAUCGAACUUGCCAGCAGAAUUUCGCUUGGAAUCAUCCUCAAGGCUUCAACUCCCCCAGGGCCAGCAACAAGACUUGCAAACCACACCAGAAAUCGGGGAUGAUGGAAUUCCUUUCAUGAGCAAGAAAUGGACUAAUUGGCAUGUCCAGAACCAGAAUACCAUGCAUGAGUCUCCAACUGGAACCAGGACACAAGAAAUUCAAGUCCAGGGAAUGAUGGACCAGGUUGAGGGACAAGGAACAUUUUAUCAGGGCAUAAACACUUCAAAUCAUCAUGUCCAAGUUCCCAACAUGCCAAUUCAACAGGGAAUGAAUCCCUUUGGAACAGGACCAACUCUUCCUAUUCAUCCUGAAGGCUUUUCAGCUAGUAAUCAGAAUAGGAUGCAGGGAAAUUUCGUGAAUUCCGGCCAGUAUGAAGCAGGAGAGUCAUCACGGAGGUCUUCCAAGAUGAAAAUGACUUGGCAAGAAAACAGCAACUUCUCACAAUCUUCCAGUCAUCAACAGCCUACUUGGGUUUCUCCAUCUCAAGGUUCUCUAAGCCAGAACAAUAUCUCAGCUGCUCAGAACCCAAGGGCCAACACUCUCAGGAGUACAGUUUAUGAUCCAAUAUAUGAACAAAUGGGUUUACCAAUUGAUCCUCAUUUGCGCAUGUUUAUGUUAAGGCAUGGAACUGGUAAUAAUAGUGGAGGUCAUCCCCGGAGUUUCUAAUCGUUGGAGCUGUCUUUCUUCUCACAAUAAUGUUAGAUGCAGCUUUGCAGAUCUAACCCUUUACAAAUUUUACAAAAAAUCCUUUAUUGAAACAAAUAAUACCCAGUUUGUCUUUGUUGAAAGAAAUGAUACCCAGUUAGUUAGUCCAGGCUUUUUGGUAUUAAAUAUGCCAAACGAGAUAAAAGUUUGAAACAAUGUAUAAGUUACUAAUGAUUAGUGUUUAAUGAUUGUUAGCCAACUUAAGUAGUGUAUUCUUCCCUUGUAUUUUGUUUGGCUUCCUAUACCAAGUCAUUGUCGGACCACAUAUCCUAUCAUAUGGUUUAUUCUGUAACUUUAUAUUUUUAUUUUAUGGAUUAAUAAUGUUGCUAAAUUUCUAAAAGA